AUGCUCCGCGAGACGGGUCGUCCCGAGACGCCCGCGGCGAGCGGCGGCGGGCGCGUCUCGGACGCUCCCGAGGCCGCGCGACGCCGCGAUCGCUCGCGUUGGGGGGUAUUUGGAUCGUCGCGGUCGACCGCGAGCGUCGACGCGCGCGAGGACGCGCGGGAAGGCGCCAUCGCGCGCUCCCGCGACGGCGCUCGCGAUGCUUGCUCAUCCACCGAUGUCGUCGCGCGCGAGGCGGCGUGUCGAUUCAGCGGACGACGCGAAAAACGGCGAGGCCGCGGGCGACCGGCGCGCGAUACGCGCGACGACGCGACGCGACGCCCCGAGACGCCCGCGCGACGCGCGCGCGGCGCGAGAAACGCCGCCGCCGCCGCGCUCCGCGCGCUAAGCCUCGCGGCGCUGACCCUCCUGAGCCUCGCGCCCUUCGCCGACGGUGCGACGAUCGACGGGACGCGCUCGACGCUGUCGUCGCUCCCGGCGUCCGUCUCCGUGCGCCGAACGACGCGCGUGCGCAUAUCCGGAUACGACGCCGCGGGGGUCAAGCAGACGUCGGGAGGCGACGCCGCGAGCAUCGUGCCCGUGAUCUUCGCGCAGUCGUGCCCCGCGUGCGUCCCAAUCGUGCACGACCACGGCGACGUCGUCGCGACGACGGUGGAGGAUCGCGCCGACGGGGACUACGACGUCCUGUUCGUCCCGAUGAGCACGGGAACGUUCGAGAUGAGGGUCGCGUUUCACGGCGCGAACAAGACGGGGUACGCGCCGGUGUUUAAGGUGGUCGCGGACGGCGCGGCGCCGUCGCAUUACGACGUGAUUCGCCCCGCGACGUUCGUCGCCGGGGACUCGGCGGUGUUUCGAAUCAAAUCCUCCGCGGACUUAGACUUGGACCUGGACGUCGCCGCGGACGCGGCGAGCAACGUGUGGCUGCGGUACGACGGAGUGACCAUACACGGCGGCGUCGCCGCGAAGCUGCGAUACCUCGGCGUCAACGGCGUCGCGCCGACGGGCGCCGCGGCGGCGUACGAACAGCUCACUGUCUCGAGCGUCGAGCGGAGCACGCGCGAGCGGCACUUUUCAUUCAACAAGACGAACGCGGGGUCGUACGAGGUCAGCGUCGUGUUAGACGACGUCCUGAUCACCUCGGCGCCGCUCACGAUCGCGAUCGGCGGCGGCGCGCCGGUGAACCAGCUGAAUGGCACGCGCGCGGGAUUGACGACGAGGGCGUAUAAGAGCGGGACGUCCCCGCCCGCGGGCGCGGCGCAGCUCCCGAACCCGCCGCCGACGUCGUACGACUUCAUCGCGGGCGAUACGAUCAACUUUGGCGUGGACUUGAGAGAUACACACGGGAACGUCGCGACGCUGUCGCCGGCGGCGGCGCUGGUCGUGACGUACGCGCGACGAGGCGGCGGCGGAGGGAUCGCCGCGACGGCGGCGGUGACGAGGACGUUCGAAGGCGUCGGCGCCGGGUUCGGCCACACCGCCGCGGUCACGCUGACGACGACGGGGACGUACGACGUGCGCAUCACGAUAGGCGGCGUCCAGCUGUGCGUGUCGCAGACGGCGGUGAGCAACACGACCGGGCUGGUGUGCGUGCCUCCGGUGGUCGUGGCGCCGGCGACGCCGAUCGCGGCGUCGACGUCCGCGGUGACCGGCUCGGGCGUGUCCGCGGUCAUCGCCGCGGGGUCGAGCCUGAAAGUCAACGCGGUGCCGAAGGACACGCACGGGAACGCGCUCACGGAGGCGAGGAGCCGCGCGGAGGUGUCGUACACCGCGAGAGUGACGUGCGCGACGUCGCGUAGCCCGGGCGUCUCGAACGGCCAAGUGGUGGUGAACGACCGGGCGCUCGCGUACGUCGCGAACUCGGUGGACUUUUCGCACUCGGUCGGGUACACGUUGCAGCACGCGGGGACGUACACCGUCGUGGUGACGCAGACGGUGGGCGGCGUCGCGAGCGUCGUGGGGGGUGGGGGGGGCGCGACCGUGACGGUCGUCGCGGGCGCGAUCGACCACUCGCGGACGACGAUCAAAAAUUCAGCCGGUGCGAACGCGCCGUGGACCGUCGCCGCGGGCGUCGACGGCGUCGUCGUCCUGAAGACGUACGACGCGAUCGGGAACCCGGUGAUGGUCGAUCGCAGCGCUUCAUCGCGGAUCGUCGCGUCGUUCACCGGCGCGCGGGGAGGGGUGAACGCGACGUUCCGGGCGGCGGCGACGUACGACCCUCUCACUGGAUCGCACUCGUUCGCGUUCAACAUCGCCAGGGCGGACGCGUACGCGAUCGAAUACUUCGUCGACGGCGUCGUCGUUCCCGGCGGCGGGUCCGCGCUGACGAUCGCGCGCGGGUCGACCGCGUCUAUGUCGGCGAGCAUCGCGGGGGGUGCCGGAUUGAGAGCGGCUACCGCCGGCGAGCGAGCGACGUUUUUCGUGACGCCGCGCGACGCGCACGGCAACGCGUUGACGUCGGACGACGGCGUCGCCACCACCGUGACGCUGACGACGUCGAAGAACGCCGCGGGGGAGCCCGGGUGUCAGCCCGGGGUGGUGACCGCGAUCGCGUCGAGCGCGUACGCGUUCGCGUGGGACGCGACGACGGGACGGUACGAAGGGUCCUACGCGGUUGAGCAGGCGGGGACGUUGAAACUGUCCAUCGAACGCGCCGGGGUUCCGGUCCGCGGCGGCCCGUUCACGAUCCCGGUGUCGCCGGGGGUCACGCACGCGGGCUCGAGCGAGCUAAGUGGCGUCGCGCUCGGCGGCGUCGUCGUGAACACCGCGGGAUCGGUCGUCGUGCGAGCGAAGGACGCGCGCGGGAAUCAUAAAACCGCCGGCGGCGACGCGAUCUGCGCGACGCUCCGCGCGCACUCCAGCACGUCCGCGGUCGCGGAGGCGUCGCUCUCGAGCGCGUCCACGACGUUGACGGACAACGGCGACGGGACGUACCUCGUGACGUACACGCCCACGGUGGUGGGCACGUACUCGCUGUACGUCACGUUGGGAGGCGCGCACGUCGGGACGUCCCCGGUGGCGGUCCAGGCGGCGGCGGCGGUCGGCGGCGUGGAUUACACGAAGACGUACGCCGAGGGCGACGCGCUCGCGACCGCGAUCGCGGGCGCGACGAACGCGUUCACGAUCAACGCGGUGGACGCGAACGGCGUGAGCCUCGGCGCGGGCGGCAUCGCCUUCGACGUGACGUUCACGCCCGCGACCGCCGGGUCGACGACGCUGACGAUCGUUCGGAAAACGGUCGGCGCCGCGGGCGCGGACGCCACGGACGUCACGAGAGAUAACGCCGACGGCUCGUACCGCGUGACGUACACCCCGGUGGAGACGGGGACGUACGCGCUCGACGUGAAAGCGCCCGGCGCGGUCGCGAUCAAGGGGACGUGGCCGAAGACGGUGACCGUCUACGCCGGCGUCGCGUCGGCGGCGACGUCGCGGCCGUCGCGGACGACGCUCUUCCCCGCGUCCGCGGUCGCGGGGUCGACGAUCACCACGAAGAUAGAGGCGUUCGACGCGAAAGGCAACGCGCGGUGCUACGACGCGCGUUUGUUCGGCGGCGACGCGUUCAAGGUGAGCGUCGUCAACGCGCAGGACGCCGCCGCGGGCGCCGCGUUGGAGAAGACCGCCGCGCUGACGCCCAACGCCGCGGGCGGGUACUACGACGUGUCGAUGACCCCCACGAUCGCGGGGUCGUACACGGUGACGUUCAAACUGAACGGCGCGACGAUACUCGAGGGCGUGAAGACGUUCACCGUGACGCACGGCCCUCUGAACAUCGCGAACUCGAUCGUGGAGGGCGUCGGCGUCUACGGCGGCGUCGCCGGCGUCGCGUCCGAGGCGUUUGUCUACGCGAGGGACGCGCACGGGAACGCGGUCACGUCCGGUCUGACGACCGCGGACUGCCGCGCCAAGCUCAACUCUGACGCGUCGUUCAGCGCCGCGGUAUCGCUCAGCGCGAGCCUCGGGCGGUUCACCGUGCGAUGGACCGCGACGGUCCCGACGACGAGCGCGGUGGCGACGGUGGAGCUGCGCGACUCGGGCGGGAACUGGGCGGGCGCGAAAAACUCCCCGUUCGGCGGCCUCGUCUACCGCGCCGGCGCGUCCUCGGUCGCGGCCGUCACCGCCGGCACGGGCGCGACCGCGGCCAUCUCCGGCGUCGCGGCCACGUUCGUCGUCACCGUGAAGGACGCGAGCGGAAACGUCGUCGGCGUCGGCGGCGACGCCAUCUCGUCGCGCGUGCUCGUCCCGCGGUGGGGCGCCGGGACGCGCGUCGUCUCCGGCGACGUCGUCGACAACGGCGACGGCACGUACGCGGUGUCGUACGUCGCGUGGGAGACGGGCACGUUCUCGCACGAGGUCAAGCUCGGGUCUUCGCACGUCGCCGGGUCGCCGUUCAGCGUCGUGGUGACCGCGGCGGCGACGUCCGCGGCGGAGACGUUCGCGGAGGGAACGGACUCGCCCGCCGUCGCGGGGGUCGCCUCGACGUUUGUGAUUCGACCGAUGACGACGCAUAAAGUGACGCAGUCGCCCGCGGUGACGGAUAAUUUCGUCGUCACUGCGACGCCGUCGAGCUCCGCGUCCAUAACGAGCGUGGUGAAGCGCGCCGAGGCUAGCGGCGGCGGGUACGUCGUCACGUGGGCGUCGAACGUGGCGUUGCGGGACGCGCACGGGUUCGUGUCGCCGUACUCGAUCGCGGUGAAACUCGGCGGGUCGCACGUCAAGGGCAGCCCGUUCAGCGUGAAGGUCAACCCCGGGCGCGCGGUCGCGUCCAAGUCCGCGGCGUACGUCGUGACGCAGGUGGUGACGCGCAGGACGACGACGGACGGUCAGGUGUGCGGCGCGACGAGCGUGAGCGGCUACCAGUCGUGCGCGGUGGAGCGAAGUGUGAAGGCUCUCGGGCCGCACUCGAUGCUGACGCAGGCGGGGCCGAACGUCGUGUUCGUCGCCGGCGUGAAACAGAUGCUCGUCGUGCGUCUACGCGACGCGUACAACAACGACGCGACGCACGAGAGUUUCUCCGACGCCGUGGAGGUCACGACGACGAUCAACGGCGCCGCGGUCGUGACCGCGACGACGACGGACCUCGGCGAGGGCGUGCGUCAGAUUGUCUUCACGCCGACGAAGGCGGGGUCCUACGCGUUGUGGAUCGCGGUCGACGGCGUGAACAUCGGGCCGAACGCCGCGGCGUCGCUGCCCAUCGUGGUCGCGCCCGCGGCGGCCUCGCUGUCGCACUACCAAGUGUGGGGCCCCGGCGUCACGACCUCCGCGGUGGUCGGCGCGUUUCACGAGAUUCGCGUCCAGCCGCGCGACGCGUUGGGGAACGCCGUCGUCGGCGACGCGUCGCUCGUAACGUCUGGUCCUAAGACGUUACACGCGGCGAUCGUCGUGCGCGUGGGCGAGAUUUACGAGUCCACGGUGCGAUCCGUCGCGGUCACCGGGCUCACGAUAACGCACGACGCCGUCGCCGCCGCCAACUACACCGCGGGGACGUACGUGAUCAGGUUCAAACCCACGACGGUCGGCGCGCUCGUCUCGACGCUCUCCGUCGUCGACAGCGCCCCGGGGGGCGCCUCCGCCGCCGUCGGCGCCUCGCCGUACGUCGCGCCCAUCGUGAAGACGAACGCGUACGUCACCGCGAAGCUGUCCGGGUCCGGCGCGUCCGGCGCCGCGAUGGCGGUCGUCGAUCUGCCCGUCGUCGUCGUCCCCGUGGACGCCGACGGCAACGACGCGGACUUCGUCUCCGCCGCGGACGCAUCGCGCUUCGCCUUCUCGGUCUCGCCGUCCUCGCGCGCGGUCGUCGUCAAGCCGCUGACGUUUUCAUCAAACGGCGUCCUCUCCGCGAGCUGGAAAGGCACCGCCGCGGGGGACGUCACCGUGUCGGUCACGCUCGACGGCGCGCACGUCACCGGGUCGCCGCACGUGACCACCGUCGCCGCGCACUCGAGCUUUUGGACGGUGAACCCGGCGUUGUCGCGGAUGACCGGACCGGCGCUCCGAGGCGGGUACGCGGGGCAGAGUUCCUCGUUCGCGAUCGAGCUCGUCACGGACGCGGGCGCGGAUUACCCCGUCAGCGCGGAGUACGAUUGGGACGCCGCGGUGGUGUGCCCGCCCGGGCAGCCGAGCAAAGGCCUCGUGAAGAUCACGCGCGACGGCGCGCCCAUGACGGCGAACGUCAUCGACGACUGCGACGGCACGUACACCGUGAGCAUCUCGCACGCGCGCACGGGGAUCGUGUCGUACGUCGGGAUGCUCGGGCCGAUGCCCGGGAACCCGACGUCGGACCGCCCGAUCGGCGGCGUCGGACCGCUGAGCAGCGUGCACGCCGUUCGCGUGUAUUCGGGCGCGACGUCCGACGUCCGCGUCGCGUGGGCGGCGGACGUCGCCGACGGCGUCGGCCGCGUCAACGAGGCGAUCGUCUUCACCGUGACACCGCUCGAUUCGCACGGGAACGAGGUGGAUUAUAAAGUGUUUCCGAAGGACGACUUCGCCGUCGUCGUCACCGUCGACGGCGGGCGUUACGUCGAGUCCGUGCCGAUCACGCGGCGCACUCGAGCGCACGCGAGCGGCGUCGCCGGGUUGGAGACGACCUACUACGUCGCUCGUUUCGACCCGAGAGACGCGGGGAAGCACGCGUUCAAGUGCACGUUCACCGGCGGCUCUUCGUCGGAGACGGUCGUCGACGUCCGGCCCGGGACACCGUACGUCAACACGACGACGGUGUGGGGCGACGCCGUGCGCGUGAUCAAAGCCGGCGAGGCGAGCGCGAUUCGCGUGCUUCUGAAGGACGCCAAGGGAAACCCCGCGGGCGACGGCGCGUACGUCUCCGCCUUCGACUCGGCGCUGCACCCGCAUCAUUACCUCGGCGGCGCGGUGCCGAUCGUGGAGAGCGUCCUCAUCCCGCAGGGCGCGAACGCGUCGGCGGGGUACGUCGCGAACACGACGAUCGACGUCAUGGACCAGACGUACGUCAGCACGUUCAACGUCACGCGACCCGGGAAUCACACGCUUCGCGUGCUGCUCUACGGCUUCGAAGUCGCGCUCGGGGUGGACUACGAGGGCACCGUCGUCGUCGCCGGGAGCGCGGACGCGGUCAACAGCACCGCGUCGGGCCCGGGCGUCGGCGAGAGAGGCCUCCCGAUCGCCGCGGGGACCGCGACGACGUUCACGAUCACCGCGAGGGACGCGCUCGGGAACCCGCUCACGCCCGUCUCCGGCGCCGCGUUUAGCGUCGUCGGACGCGUCGCGACCUCCGCGAACCCCUCGUCAACGAACGCGUCGGACUGGACCGCGAACGCGACGCACGGGCUGGUGUCGUCCGUCCCCGUGGACAACGGCGACGGGACGUACACCGCGUCAUUCGCGCCGACGCGCGCGGGGAAGUACUUGCUGUCCGUGACGCACGGGACGACGCACUUCGCCGGGUCGCCGUUUUUAGUGACGGUCAACGCGGGGGCGUCGUCCGCGGCGCAUUCCACGAUCGAAUGCGGCGCGUUGACGCCGGCGGCGUGCGCCGUGGACGGCGGCGGCGUCGCCGCGGGCGCGACGGAGAAGUUCUACGUCGUCGUGAGAGACGCGCUCGGGAACGUGCAGACGCACGCGGACGACAAGGUGUACUACGCGUUCACGAGCACGGGCGGGUACGUCGCCGAGGGCGUCGCGACCGCGGUGGCGAAUACCCCCGGCUGGUACGAAGUCGCCGUCGCGCCGCGCGUCGUCGGCGCCGGCGCGCUUCGCGUCGCGCUCGACGCCGGCGUCGUGACGAACGCUGCCGUCGCCGUGGUCGCGGGCGCGGCGGACGUCUCGAAGUUCACGCUGACGUGCGCCGGGGUGCCGACGACGUCCGCGGGCGCGACGUACGCGGUCGUCGCCGCCGCGUUUGACGCCAACAAUAACCGCGUCUUGACGGGCGGCGCCGCCGUGAAAUUGUUUUUGGAUCCGACCGCGCCCGGCGGGGCUUUCACCGAGGUUCUCCUCGCGGACGCCGCGGACGGGACGUACGUCGGGAGCUACGCGCUCACGACGCCGGGGACUCACGUCGCGAGCCUGCAGCUCGCGGGCGCGAAGAAGAACGUCACGUUCACCGUCGUCGCGGGCGACGUCGCGUUCGGCCGCGCGCCCGCCGCGUCUGCGGCGCGCGACGGCGUCACCGGCGGCACCGUCGGUCCGUUCGUCGCCGGAAAGCUCUCUUCGAUCGCGCUGCAGUUCACGGACAAAUACGGGAACGUGCGGUACGACGCGAACGACGUGUCUUCCGGGACGCUGACGCUGAAGAUCACGAACGACGACGACGGCGCGACGACCUCGGUCCCCGUCUCCGGCGUGACGUUCAACUCGCAAUCGCACGCGGUGGUCGGGACGCGCGGGACGCACAACGUCACGUUCACGCCGACGAUAUCCGGCGCGCUCUCGAUCCACUUCGCGAAGAACGGCGCGUCGCUGAUCGACCCGUCGACGAACCAGACGUACGUCGCGGUGGUGAAGCCCGCGGCGCCGAGCGCGGCGAACACGCUCGUCUACGGCGCCGGAGCGACCGCCGCGGCGAUGACCAAAGCGAGCGUCGUCAACGUCGUCGCCGCGGAUGCCCACGGGAACAAAAUUCUGCACGAUCUCCCGCGCGUCGGCGACCGGCCGAUCGCGUACAGCUUUCGCUUCGCGGCGACGUCCGGCGGGAGCGCGCCGAACGCGGCCGCGCUCGCGGCGAUCCCGCAGAGCGCGGCGUACUACGGCUUCGGGGUCACGACGCUGUACUACACGCCGCCGACGCACGCGAGUCAGUAUUAUCUCAACGUCAAAGUGCUCGCGGACGGCGUCGCGCUCCCCGGCGCCGGGCGGGACGUUCUCGUGACGCCCUCCAGGCCCGUGGACGCGAUGAAGACCAUCGCGCUCGAUCGCACCCUACGACCGAUCAACGCCGCCGCCGCCGUUCGAGGCGCGGUCGCGAACGAGGCGUUCAAGAUGCUGAUCGAGGCGAGGGACGACAACGGCGCGCCUCUCGGCGCGUCCGCCGCGAGCUUCGUCCGCGUCAGCGUCACCCCGCUCGUCGUCGCGGGGAGCGCCGCGUACGCGACGCACAGGACGGAGCUCACGUCCGAAGGGCGCGUCGCGGUGUACGUCACCGCGACCGUCGCCGGGGAGUACUCCGUGUACGUCGAGGUGAACGUCGCGGGAAGCUGGCAGGCGCUCGGGGGAAACUGGGCGGCGUUCACCGACGCCGGCCGCGGGAGCGUUCGUCUCGCCGUCGCCGCGGAUAAGACGGACGCGACGAAAGUCGUCGCGACGCACCUGCCCGCGAACGCGGUCGCGGGCGCGACGAGCACGCUGCGCCUGCGGAGCCGCGACGUGGGCUCGAACCCCGCGUACGCCGCGGGAAGAGGCGCGGACUACUACCGAGUGACGCUGAAGCGUUCCAACGGCGCGGAUGAAAUCGUCGCGGCGUUCGCGACCGAUCACGGCGACGGCGACUACGAUUUCUCGUUCACCGCGCACCGCGCCGGGACGUACGCGACGCGCGUCUCCCUGCACGGCGGCGUCGACGUGAACGUCGGGAACGUCGUCGUCGUCCACGCGCCGAGCGCGCACGCGGCGAGCACGAGCGUGUCGCCGCCGCUCGCGACGGCGGCGACGAUGGGACGCGCGGGCGAGCUCUACCGACUCACGCUCACCGCGAUGGACGCGCUCGGGAACGUGCACAGCGCGGGCGAUCAAACGUGGACGAUGACCGUGACGCCGCCGACGGGCGCGUCCGCGAUCGACGCGAACGUCGCCGCGAACGCGGACGGGACGUACGCCGCGACGUUCACCCCGCGUAAGGUUGGGACGCACGUCGUGUCGAUCGCGCACUCGAGCGGCGUCGUCGUGCUCUCGAGCUUCAAAGCGACCAUCUCGCCCGGGGUGAUCGCGAAAGAGCGCGUGGGCGCGACCGGGACGAUCCUCCACGCCGCCGCGACCGCGAACUCGGUCGCUCUCGUGCUGCGAGACUACCACAACAACGUCGUGACGAACGCGACGGAGGCGACGGGCGGCGACGUCGCGUUGUCGAUUCCCGGCGUGAACGGCGCCACGGUGACGCCGACGAUCGCCGCCGUCUCCGGCGGCGGUUUCGACGCGAGCUUCAUCGUGCCCGUCGUCGGGUCGUUCAACCUGAACGCGCUCGUUCGAACGGUCGCGGCGACCCGCGCGCCGUUCGUCCUGGACGUCGCGCGAGCGCCCGCGCCGCGGCUGCUGGCGGCGCGCGUCGACGUCGGGAAGAUGAAAUUCGAUCUGACGUUUGCGACGCCCGCGGACGCCGCCCCGCGCGCGUGCGCCGCGGUCCUCACGACCGCGACGACGACCGCGGUCGGCACCGGCGCGACGUGCGCGUGGGCGGACGACAAGACGCUCUCCGUCUACUUCGGCCCGGACGCGACGCUCGCGCCCGGCGAUCACGUCGUGCUGAUGCCCGGGGUGAUCGCCGACGCGAGCGGAAGCUCGCACGGCGCCACCGGCGUGACGCGUUUGCUCGCUCCGAGCUCGAUCACGCCCCCCGUCGCGUCGAUAUCCGCCCCGAGCGCGGUCGGGCCGUGCGACAACAUCGCGUUCGACGUCUCCGGGUCCUCCGGCGGCGGCGGACGAAAGUUGCGAUACGAGUUUGGGAUCGUCGCGAACGACGCGACCGCGGACGUCGGCGUCGUCGUCGCCGCGCUGAAAGCCGCGGCGGCGGCGGCGGCGGCGGCGAGCUCGGACGUCGUGACGCUGAGCUCUAACGUCAUGACCGCGGGCGUUUCCUACAACCUCACGCUCCAGGUCACGGACUAUCUCGGCAGCGCGCACAAGGUGCAUCACGGGUUCGUGAAGCGCGCGUACCCGACGCCGAUCGCGCGCGUGCUGGGCGGCGAGGAUCGGACGAUUCGACGCGGGCACGCGCUCUCGCUCGAGGCGGACGUCUCUCUCCCCGACGUCUCGUGCGCGUCGUUCCCUGCGGUCGCGAACGUGACGUACGAGUGGACGUUGAUCGGCGGUCCGGUGUUGACGACCAAGGACUUUCCGUCGAACGAUGUGCACGUGGCGUAUAACAAAACGCUCCGAACGCGGGCGUUAUACGUCCCCCCCAAGGUUCUCGCCGGCGGGUUCAAGUACACCUGGCGUCUGCGGACGUCGUCCGGGACGAACCCGGGGUUUUACUCGGACGUCACCGCGUCCGCGACGGUCACGGUCGGCGCGAUCGACGCGAACCCGAUCACCGGGGUCGAUCGAACCGCAUUCAUCGGGGCGCCGCUCCUGCUCGGCGUCGAUCCGGUCGACCCGGACGACGCGAGGGACACGAAGGGCGCUCCGUAUUCGUUCACGUACGCGUGGUCGUGCGCGUUGAGUUCGGGCGGCGCGUGCGGUUUACCCGCGGAUAAAGUCCCCGGCACGUUUUACUCCCCGACGGCGUCGACGGUAACGCUCCCCGCCGCGACGUUAACGUCAGGCAAAGAAUACGUCUUCAGCGUCGUCGUCGCGAAAGAGCCGAGCGUCGCGGGACGGUCCGUGACGGUCGCGAUGCGCGUCAAGGCGGCGACGGGCCCGAGCGUUUUGGUCGGCGCCGCGUCGCGCGCUUCGAACGCGUCGAUCGUCGUCUCCGGGCCGUCCGCCGGCUUAGUCUCCCCGAGCGAGCGCGUGACGCUCCGCGCGGACGUGCGCGACUGCCCCACGGGCGCGAGCGCGUGUUCCGUGACGUGGUCGUGCGUCGCCGGCGGGCUCAACCUCGGCGCCGCCGCGGAGCUCGGCUUCGCGGACGCGCUCCUGACGAUUAAGAAGGACGCGCUGACGCCGGGGCGGACGUACACGUUCCGCGCGAGCGGCGGCGGGCACGCCGCGGGUCUGCACGGGGACGUCGUCGUCACCGCGAACGCGCCGCCGCGUGGCGGUACCAUAACGGCCACGGCCUCGCCAUUUUCGACCGCGGUGACGUCGCGGCUGUGGGACGCGAGCGGCGGCUUCGGCGGUCUCGGCCGCUUCGUCGCGCGCGCGGACGGGUGGUCGGACCAAUCCGAUCACCUCCCGCUGUCGUACACGUUCUACAAGAAAACCGGCGCCGGCGCGACGCUCACGCGCCGCCCGCUGAGCGCGCCGCAGGCGUCCAACGUCAUCGACGCGCUCCUCCCCGCGGGAACGCACGACAUCGAAGUCGUCGUCGCCGACGCGUACGGCGCGGCGACGACGGCGAGAGUCGCCGUGACGGUGUCGAACCCGAACCCGCCCGCGGGCCGUCGACGGCUCUUAUCGUCGCCGAGCGGCGGCGCCGCCGCGGUCGAGAUCUCCACGGCGGGGUACAACGUCACGACCGCGCGCGCGUUCAUCGCGGACGUGUUGCGGCCGUACGUCGACCGAGGCGCCGCCGCGCAAGUGUUACAGGCGGCGACCGAAUACGCCGCCGCGUUCAAGGCGAGUCCCGGCGUCGCGGGCGUCGUGAACACGACGUGCGUCGCCGCGGACGAGAUCGCGCCGCAGCACGCCGUCGUCGCGGCCGCGAUCCUGGACGCGAUUGCGACCACGGAACGCACCGCGGAGGGCGCGACGCAGACGCUGUGCGCGCUGUCGGAUCUCUCGUCGGAUCCGCGGACGGUGACGUUUAAUUCGUCGUCGUCGACGGCGAACGCGAUCGACGCGGUGACGGCGUUGACGGCGGAAGCCUCGCGCGCGACGGACCCCGUCGCGGCCGCGUGCGCGAUCGCGCUCGCGUCGAACCUUCUCGCGGUCACUCGGUCCACGUGUUUGGCCGCGUCCGCGUCCGCCGGCUUCGUCGCGAGCGCGGCGGCGACGAUCACCGCGGCGGUGGACGAGGUCGUCGCGGCGGCGGCGACGACGCUGCUCCCCGGCGCGCCAGCGUUCGUCGCGGACGCGACGCACGUCUCGAUCGCGGUUCGAACCGCGGAGCCGUCCGCGAACGUCGGGCUCCCGCUCGCGGUCGCGCUUACGUCCGGGAAGGCGUCCGUGACGUUCGAUUUCAACUCGACCAAGACGGGCGCGUCGUUCCCUAACGCGACGACGGGCGCGAUGGUCGGCUCGUUGAAGCGUCUGAGGAAUAAGUAUGGCGCGACGCCGGCGUACGCGUCGUCUGGGGUCGGCGAGCGGCUCGUGAGCGAUUACGUCGUCCUCGGCGUGUCCCACCCGGACUUCGCCGCGGUCGCGGACGCGAUGAAGACGACGACGGUGACGAUGUCGUACGACGCGGCGGCGCGGAACCACGCGAACAACUCGGGGCGGUAUCCGGACGUUCGGUUCUACGACGCCGGGCUCGGCGCCGCGCUUCAAAAUUUCGUUCCGAACGCGAGCUCGACGUGGGUCGAAGACCCGGUGUCGUACGACGGGUGGGGGUCGUACUCGGGGUGGAAAGACGUCGGCGCGACGACCGCGCGGUCGACGGAGACGACGGCGAGCGCCUCGGCGACGAACGCGUUCGCCGGCGUCGGCCCCGGCGCCGGGAGCACGUUCGGCGUCGUCAUGAUCAACGCCAACGCGCCGCCGCGUCCGUCGCCGCCGCCGAGCCCGCCGCCGCCGCCGCCCCUCGCGCCUCCGGUGCCGUCGCCGCCGCCGCCGCCGCCCGCGGCGCCGCCGAAGGACAUGACGCAGACGUACAUCGCCCUCGGCGCGGGUUUGGGCAGCGGAUUCAUCUUCUUGUACUUUUUGUACUCGAGAUAUACGGCGAACCAACGCGCGAAGAAGGCGGAGGAUCGACGCCGGCACGGGCCGCGUCAGAGGGAGCGGGAGAAGCGACGCAAGGAGCGCAAGAAGCUGCACAUGGAACGCAGAAGAGAGUGGGAGGAGGCGCGCCGGGAGAAAAUGGAGGCGAAGCGCAUUUUCGACCAGCAGCGGAAGCGCGCGCAGGUCAUGAAUUGGAUCCGCGGGCAGCGCCCCGACCGCGUGUCGUUCGAACCGCACGCGCGCGGGCGCGACGUCGACCUCGAGAGAGGCGAAGGCGGCGCGCGCAACAUCAUGUACCCCGAGCGCCCGCACAGGGACGAUCGGAAGAGGGAUAAGAAGAAAGAGAAGAAGAAGAAUAAGGUGUACCCUGCGACGCGCGGCGGGCCGCGCCCGGCGCCGCCGCCGCCGCGGCAGCUCACCGCGGAUUCGCUGGACAGCGCGUACGGCGGUCAGAGGCGGCUGCGGGAUCAGUACCGGGAUCCGCGUGCGAGGCUGGACACGCCGCCGGAUUACGAGCGGCGGUAUUGAGAUAUUAGAUACAUAGCGACAUAGGUACAUAGGGGCGUCGAGUGAAUGCUAGCUACCUCGCGUUGAAACGAGACUAAUAAUUUAAAGA